GUUGUUGUUAUUAUUGUGUUCAAUAGUUUUUGGAUUAUGAAGGAGACCGAUCAAAAUGUUUUUUUUUCUCCACAUAGUUUUUUAAGUAUUUUUGUCUUCUGAUUUCAAAUUAAUACAUUAUGGGUGUCCAAGGCUUAUGGAAAUUAUUGGAAUCGGCUGGGAAACCGAUUCCUGUUGAAAAGCUGGAGAAUAAAGUACUGAGCAUUGAUGUUUCAAUAUGGAUGUACCAAAUAAUUAAAGGUGUUCAAGAAAGUGAACAUGGUGCUACAACAAAUGGACAUUUAAUUGUAAUGUUUCAUAGAAUAUGUAAAUUAUUGUUCUAUGGUAUUAAACCAGUAUUUGUAUUUGAUGGUGGUGUACCAGAGCUUAAAAAAAUGACUAUUGCUCAAAGACAAGCUCAAAAAAGUCGUGCAAAAAAAUCAUCUGGAAAAACCAAAGAAAAAUUAUUAAAAAACAUGUUAGAACAAGCAGCCUUAAAAACUGUUAUGAAUGCUGGAAAUGCAUUGACUGAAGAUGAAGUAAUUUCAAAAACUGUUGGCAGAUUGAAUAAAGGAUCUGAAAUUGAUUUGUUUGAGCUACCAAAUUUGCCAAAACCCAUUGAAAUAGACAAAAUUAAAAUACCUACAAAAGAAAAGGAUCAAUCAUACAUGAAUUUAUCAAAUGAAAAAAAUGAAAAUAUUUUAUUAUUAGCCGUUGAAAAUCAAAACAACGAUUUUUUGUAUGCAAACAGUGCCAAGGACAAGGAUAAAAGUUCUCCAGUGAAAUUAAAUGCAUUUUCAUCUAUGCAAAUUGGUGAACUUUUGAAUGGGUUUUCACAAGAUCAAAAACGUUUAUCAGAAAAAAAAAAUCAACAAAAAGCAAAGCGUGAAAUGACAUUCAAUGAAUUAGAAAAGUUUUUAAACGAUGACAAUGAAACUAUUAAAAACAUUGAUGAAUUUAGUCAAAAAAUUGAUUCUGAUCACGAUACUGUUUUUUAUUAUGAGUCUGGUUUCAAUAAAUCAGCAACAAGUAGUAAUUCAGGGAAUAAUGAAGUGCCAAAAAAAAUAAAAACAUCAAAUUUCGAAAAAAGCGUUGAAACUGAAUCAAAGAGUACAAGCCAUAAGAUUCUUACUACUGACACCAUUGGAUCACCUACUUUAACAGAAGAUAUCGAUGAAGAUAUAUUUAAAGCACUUGCUGGUGAUGAAUCCCUUGAAGAAGAUAGAUUAGCAUGGCUUAUCUUCAAUGAGAAUAAAAUAGCUAGUAAAAGACGAUCAAGUGAAUUUGAAUCACCAAAUAUAAAAUGUCCUAAACCUGAUACAGGUUUUAGUAGCAGUUCUGAAGUGUUAACGUCAGAUGUGGAAGAAGAUGUAACUAUGAAAAAUAAUAAAGUUUCUACCAAAAAAUAUUCUUCGAGAAGUAUUUUUAUUACAGAAGAUGAUGUAUCAGAUGAAAAUUUAGAUAAUUUUAAUGAAGAAGAUUAUCUAUCAUGGGUGUCACAUAGUAAAGAUGAACCUAGUCAAACAAAAAUAGAAAAUACAAUUUCAAGUAUUAAUCAUCAAGAUAUUCCAUCUACUAGCAAAUCUUUUUUAUUUCAAGAAAAAGAAGAUGAUGUAUCUAAUAAAAGAAUUGCCAUGAAUCAACAACAAAUCAAUGAAUCAAUAUAUUUUGCAUCAAAAUCUAUAAAAACUGAAGAAUUGAAUACAUUUAUUAAUGAUUCACCCACAAUAGAAUCUGAUAAUUCAAAUGGCUCUCUUUCUGAAAAUUCUGUUAAUUUUUCACCUGAAGAAAGCUUAUCUGAGGACGAUACAAUAUUACAAGAUAAUAAAAACAAACAAAAAUUCAACCAAGAUUCUAAUAAAAAGUCAGAUGUUCUAACAGUUGCUAAAAAUGAAUUUCAAGAAAUAAGUUCAACAAAAAAUGUUAUAAGAGAAAAAUUUAAUUCUCCAACAAAAUUAAAUAAUAUUUCUACAAAACGGCCCGAACCUCUUGACAGUCAAACAAGUUCUAUGAAUGAACAAUAUUUUCAGUCCAUACAAGAUACAUUAAUUAAGCGUCAAAAUGAUUUGGCUAGUUUACAUAGAACAUCUGAUCGAAUGGCUUCUUCUGUUACUCAAAAGAUUACAUCAGAAAUAAAGGGUCUCUUAAAGUUGUUUGGUAUACCAUACAUAACAGCACCAAUGGAAGCAGAAGCACAAUGUGCUUUUUUAGAAAAAAUUGGACGAACAGAAGGUACUGUGACAGAUGAUAGUGAUGUAUGGUUGUUUGGAGCUAAUGUUGUUUAUAAAGAUUUUUUUGAUAGUCAAAAAUAUGUUAAACAAUUUAGGAGUAUUGAUAUUAAACAAAAAUUUGCUUUGUCUCGAAAUAAUUUUAUUCAAUUAGCAUUUCUUGUGGGAAGUGAUUACACAAAUGGAAUUGAUGGAAUUGGUCCAGUAUCUGCUAUUGAAAUUUUAUCUUUUUUUGAAUCCAAAACUAAAAAUAUGAACAUUGAAGAAAAAUUACUAAAAAUUAAGGAGAUUGUCAACUCAAAAGCUGAAGUAUAUUGUGAUAUACCAUUUAUGAAAAAAUUAAAAUCCACUAAAAUUGGCAAUGAUUUUCCUAAUAAAGCUGUUAUUAAUGCCUAUCUUCACCCGAUUGUAAAUGAAUCAAUUGAAAGCUUUAAUUGGGGUACACUCCAAGUGGACUCAAUUGUUCAAUUUGCUCAAACUAAUUUUGACUGGGAUGUUUCUAAAACAAAAAGCAAAUUAGCUCCAGUGUUAAAAAAAGUUUCUGAACGAACAACCCAAACAACAUUAGAUUCAUUUGUGAAAACUCUUCCAAAAUUGAGCAGUACAAAUACUGGUAUGAGUAAACGUGUUAGUCAAGCUGUUAAAAGGUUGCGAAAUGAUAACAGCUCAAUUGAAUCUAAUAAAAAAUCUGGUAAUUCAAAAAUAUCAUUAUCCGAUUCAAAUGAUACUACGAAUAAAAAACGUAGAAAAAAUCUAAAAUAAAUGUUUAUUUAAUUGUCAUAGUGAACAAAACUGUGCCAAAAUGUAUUAUGCCCAAUAUUGCUCGAAUUUUUUUUAAUACAUUAGAUAUUAAAUUAUUUUUAC